UUCCCAAAAAUAGUACGUCUCAUGCUCCUGUCAUCGCUCAUGUAUGUAUGCAUCGGGACAACCUUCGCCAUGUCUAACUCCCUCUAUUAAUAUUUCACACCGCGACUCUGGAAAAUCCGUGCGACAACCGGAGGCCACACCUUGUAUUACUAUAUGGACUAGCGCCAUUACUCGCCUAUAAUACGUGCAAGGGAUGACUCAUUUAAUCCUGUAUCCUAGAUAAGUGCUGAUAACUGACGCCCAACAUGCUGAAACUAAUCGCCAGCCGCACCAGCCUAGCAAUCUUGCGGCGCUCACAGGUAUCAUCUAUCCACAAGAAUGGAGUCAGGUUAGCUUCAUUGCACUCUACGCCCGCAAUCCAAAGAGAGGGUUUGGGAGAUUUUGCAUUAACAGACCGGGUUGCGAUUGUCACUGGAGGCAACCGUGGUCUUGGACUCGAGGCCGCAUUGGCGUUCUCUGCGGCUGGUUCGCGUGCAGUAUAUUGUUUAGAUCUCCCAGAGAAGCCAGGUGAAGAUUGGAACGCUGCUCGCCAGAGCGUAGCAAAACUUGGGGGCGCAGGAAGACUCGAAUAUGUGACUGCUGACGUUCGCAAUCAGAAGAGGCUGCUGAAAACGAUAGAAGAAAUUGCAACAAAGGAGGGCAGGAUGGAUGUUUGCGUCGCAGCAGCAGGCAUUGCUGGAGCCGCGCGGUCUUGCUUGGAGUAUACAGAAGAAGAGCUCGAAGAGGUUUACGCUGUAAACAUUAAAGGAGUGUUCUUUACUGCUCAAGCUGCUGCAAGGCAAAUGGAUCGGUUCCAGAUACCGGGAAGCAUCAUCCUUCUGGCCUCCAUUGCAGGCAGUGUUGCUCUGAAGCACACGCCAGUACUUCCGUACAAUACUAGCAAGGGUGCCGUGAUACAGAUGGCCCGCAACAUGGCAUGUGAACUUGCUCAAAAGAACAUCAGGGUGAACUCGCUGUCACCAGGUUAUAUUGAGACACCCAUGACGGCAGCAUCAAUUUCUGCGCAACCGGAAUUCCAAGCUAUUUGGUCAGAGCAAAGCUUCAUGAAUAGACUUGGCAAGCCUCACGAACUCCGUGGAAUUAUGACGUGGCUGGCAUCUGACGCAUCGAGCUUUUGUACGGGAAGCAACAUUGUCGUCGACGGUGGAUAUACGGCAUGGUAGAACUGACUUGAGUUCUGAAUCAAUUUCUACUCCUGUAUUUGUUCACCGACGGAGUUUGCGUGGAGUCGCCUAAACUAUGAA